AUGGCGAACAAGCUCAUCAGCCAGAUUGGUCUUCCCAAGUCCAUCGCCAACAUCUUCGCCGCCCGCAGCAUCUUGACAGCGAAGGUAAUCAAACACCGGGUGUUUUGUUGAGUGGAAGGGGAAAUCGAUCUUGAAUGCAUUAUCACAUUCUUCAUCCUGUCCAGGAUGCUCUCUCGCUGACGGAGUUUGAGUUAAUGGCUCUGCUGGACAUCGACCUCGACCAAGUGAAGUCUGCGGUCUCCCAUAUCAGUGCAAUAAUUUGUCCUCCACCGCAAACUGUACGUCUCUCUUCCAGCUGUCUCGUCCAUUUAUGCAGUGUGGCAUCGUCAGUUCAGCUCUCUAGCCUACUUCUAGAUGAAUCUUCUUUCUCGGUUGCAUUCCAAGGCACUGUCGCUCAUGGAGGAACGAAUGCAAAAUGAGUUCUCCUCAGGACAUUUUCCCACUCUUCUGAAAGGUCUCGACGAUGCAUUAUGCGGAGGUAUACCAUUUGGAAGCCUGACGGAGUUGGUGGGUCCGGCAGGAAUCGGGAAGACACAGGUAAGGAGUUUUCCGUUUCAUCCUCUCCUGCAGACUAUCAUCAAUCUUCUCAACCUAUCGAUCCCGCUGCAGUUUUGUCUUAAGCUAUCCUGUUUGGCGGCCUUGCCAGCUUGCUUCGGUGGCUUAGAUGGUCGUGUAGUGUACAUAGAUACUGAAUCGAAAUUCAGUUCACAGAGGUAUCUUGAUUCACUACAAGAGUUAAUUCUGUUUUAAAGAUUUUCUGCCCUGCGAAUUAAUAUAGGAACACUUUCACAGGAUGAUCGAGAUUGGAAUUAACAGUUUCCCACAGAUUCUUCAAGCAAAUGGAGUUCUGAAAGAGGUUUGCAAAAUCACCCUGAAAUCUCACGGACUGUUUGCGUUUUUCGGAAUCGUUUCUUGUCACAGGAAUUCAUCUGCCAAAAUGCUGCUUGUUUUAGGCUCAUCAAUUGCUAUUUUGACUUGAUGGGAUGUCUCUCUUAACUUAAAUGAACAAUACCGAAGAACUCUUUUCUCCCUGACCUAUUUGAAACUAUUUAUCUUUCUGCAGAUGGCUGGUAGGAUAGAAGUCAUGCGGCCUUCAUCACUGAGUGAAUUCAUGGAGAGGUAUAAACUCUGCAGUUAACCAAGUUCUUGUGAAUGGUGUUCUGUUUUUGUUGGAUAAAUCCAAAUGUUGUAUGUCAUGCAAGUAAAGUGGCUACAAUAGGCCAUUAUUUUCUUUUGUUUGAAACACCUAAAAAUUGUAGGAUACCUUUUGUGGCUUCACAUAGGCCUUGAUUUUGUUGUUCUUAUAUUACUUAGAUCGAUAAAUGGGUGUAUAGGUUUUCAUACAUGUGCUUAAAAAAUAAUCCGACCCAUUUAAGUAAAUACGAGUUGAUUCCACGCAAUAUCAUCUUCAAAGUUCCAUUGUCAUCUUCAAUUUAUCCUGUGCAGCAUCGAUAUUUUGUUGUUUGUGGAUACAUUUUUUUUGUCCUAGAACUGAUGCACCGUUUUUCUCAUGCGAACUCAAAUUUACCUGCUAUAUGCAGUUCCUAUUUUAUUGUUUUUUAUUUAUUUAUUCGCACCUAAUAACAGUAAGAGGUCGUUGCUGAUGUGAUUUCUUCAGUUUGCAGAAAAUCAGGCUGCCACUUAUCCGGCAUGAAAUAAAAUUGCUCAUUGUCGACAGCAUAGCUGCCCUUUUCUCUGGGUGAGUUUACUUUCUCUUCGAAAUCAUCAGUUCCUGCUAGCAUCAUGCAAAUACAUAAUAUUUAGGGUUAAUCAGGUCUAGGCACACGUAAGCCAUUGGACUUAGGGACGAGACUCCCAUCUUUUCACUGUCAAGGGGGAGAGAGACCAGGCAGUGAGGGGCAUGUGAUAGAGCAGUUGAUGCCGACGGGUGGUGAUAGGUAGAGAUGCCUACUGACCCCCCAAUGGGCGUGGGAGAGGGAUGGCGUCAUGGGCUGGUGUGAGAACAGAUGGAGAGGCUCGGCAGCAAUUGAGAAGAUGGGGUGAGAGUGGGAUGGCAGUGGAGGCAGGAGGGUACAGCAGGAGAGACAUGAUGACGCUUGAGAAGUGGCAUUAGGGAUACAGGGAGACCUCAUUAAAGAUUCAUUAUGAAUUGUUAGUUUUUUGGAAAAUGUUUUAUUUAAUUAUAAUUAUAUUAUUUAUCGGAGUGUAGUGAAAGGUUCCAGAGGGACAGGUUCUGAAUUUAUGGGUACUAUACGAAGAUCUGCAGAACCAUGCAAAAAUAAGAGGGAUUAUUCCUAAAUCCAGUAUUUUGUGAGGACAUAAACCUAUCAGUCCUAAUUUUUAAUAACACAUGGUAUGCUUUUCAAAAAAGACGCACUUUAUUUGUAUCUCUUUAUUUCUGUUGCUGAGUUUUCAUCUAGCUCUAAACUUUUUUUUCCCUUCAAGACCAUGGGGAGGAUAAAGCACCCAUAUUCCAUUGUACCCAUUACGGUGCAUGAUUGAUGGCCAGGCUCGUAGUUAGUAUGUAUACCCACACGUAUAAUUUGCAAGCUCUUAAACAUACUCACUUCCACCAGAUGCUACUAUAGAAUUGUUUAGAUUUAGGCAGUACCGUGAGUGGUUGUGCCAGAUUUUCUAGAUAUUAUUUAUUUUCCUUCCAUGAAUAUUUUGGUUUCUGCAUGUAAUGCACAUGAUCUUAGUUUGUUAAGAGUUGCAGGGAAAACAAUAAAGGCAUACGAGGUCGUCAGCAACAUUCAUUGGGAUGGCCUCUUUCAUAUCUCAAGUAAGUAUACUUACCAUCAAUUUCUUGUUGGGAAGGCCAGCUGAAUAGCUGGGUAUAUCUUUAUCCUCAUGUCACUCUGUAAUAGUGUUUUAACUGCAUUUCCAAACAUCUAUAGAUCAGUUGCUGAACUUUCGCGGACACCUAUUAUUGUGACAAACCAAGUUCGAGGCCAGAGCCACAAUGAAUCCAUUCAAUAUCCAUUCCAAGGUAUGGCACUUAUUUCAAAAAUGUAUUUGACAGAGAGACUGACUGAGAAUGUUCUCUGCAGGUCCAAGGACUGACCCCAUUAAAAAUUCUGAGGUCCUUGAGUCUCAUCUAGUCCCUGCUUUGGGAAUUCAAUGGGCUCACUCUGUAACAAUCCGUCUCAUUUUUGAGGGUCAUUCAGGUCAGCUUUGACUCAACAUAUCAAACUUUAUCUAAAAUUUUGCCUGCAUAGACCAAUUGUUCAGGUUUGGUUUCACAUCUUAUUGAAAAAGCAACCCCGUUUAAACUUUUGAUCGAGUUGGCCAAAGAUUUUGGCCAAGUCAAUUAAAAUCCUUUAUUAUCUCCCGUACCCUGUUCAUUUGAUGUCUUCAAUGAAGAUAUGUAUAAUAUUUUCUCAUAAUUGAAAAAAGUUUGCAUGGAGUGCGUCACGGCAGCUGAUCCAUAUCAAGAUACGUGGUAAAGUAGUCUUCUUUGUGGUAUACAAUCAGGUGCAUGCGUGGACUAAUUUAGUGCCACAAAUCUGAUGUUGUCUUUCAAUGUGACUCGUAUAGUUAUGUGACAUGUGACGGGCGACUUUUUGUUUGUCUUUUUAUUCCUUUGUAAAAUAGUGAAUAGGUAAAUGCGUGGCUUGGUGUUAGGUGUCCUGUAAUUGGCUAAGUGAGCUCCUAACUAUAUAGGCAUAGAUGGGUCUCUUUGAAUACUUUCUAUUGCAUAGGUCAGCGAGCCUCAGCAGUCUUGACUUGUGUAGCUGGCAGGUAGGUAGCUGGGGUUAUCCAUCUGAAAAAUCACAUAUUUUUGUGGAUAAAUGAUGCACCUUCAUAACUAAGCUUCUUUCCCAUCCUUCCGAAGACAUGAAAAAAAGUCAAGAUGCAUGCAAGAAGCCCCGGGAAAAUUAUAAUUCUGACUUUCUUUUUUUUCUUUUUUUUCUUUUUUUUCCCUUGAUAUGAAUGCGAUUUCAGAUCACCAGAGGUUUCUAAAGGUUGCCAAGUCCCCCUUGUCCCCUCCGGUGGUGUUCCCUUUUACUGUUGAUUCAUCUGGCAUUCGAUUACUGAGCGAUGACGGCGUUGUGGUGAUGGGCCCAGACAUAAACUUGAUCCGUUCUCAUGGUCUGUCCGGUGAGAUUCUUCCAUCAACGGGUUUCAUCUGUCCUUGUUCGGUAAUUGUUCACUUUAUUUUUAAAAUUCAGGCUACAGCAUCUUUUAUGGAAACGAUGUGACAACUCCCCAAGUAGUCAGCUAUACUUACUCCUUGUGAAAGGAAAUGAAAGCAACUUUAUCGGAUCCAGGUAAACAUAUAUUCUUAAUGCGGUGAGUAGAUGUAGCAAUCAAACUGCUCAUUUUUCUCCCCAACUAAUGACAGUUCAACCAUACUUUACAUCUCAUCUCUUUGUCUAGUGCUGAUCUGACACGUGAACCGAUUCCUGAAUUACCCACAUUAAAUGUGUAUAUUUAGGUGGACAACUUUUAAAAAUAAAAUUGUGAGAAAACCCCCCCUUUUUAUUAUUAUUGCCUGCCUUGUUUUCUUUAUAUUUGCAGUGCGGAUUGUACUACAGUUUCCAAAGAAAGUAAUUGGACUUUGUAGGUUCAGUGGCCCUGCCUGAAACGAACAUCCUUUUUCUUCUGAUCUAGGUUAAUUUUAUAUCCUUGCCUAGGAGAAAAUAGGAUACAAUCUGCUUACGUCCCUUGUCUUCAGCCCUUUCCCAUUUAGUAUCCUCCAGAUGUAGGGAACUGCUUCCUCCCAAGUCAACCGUCCCCGAAGCAGGCGCCGCCUGUCAGUUGGCGUAGGUGCUCUGUACGAUCGUCCUUCUUUCUUAAAAGAACCUGAUUUUUGGCCCUCUCUGAAGCUUAAGAGCCGCUGACGACGGCUCAGUGAUUAUGGCUACAAACUGUGUCCGCUCUCCAUUUACCCAUUAUUCAACUCUUCUAUGAGGCCCAACUACCCACCCGUAAGGAGUCGACAUCCGUUAGAUAACUGCUCCAUUAGGGUUUGGUUUAAGAUCCGAAGGGCUGACUGCGACGACUCUUUUUUCCCUUUUUCAGGUAAUCUGUGUCAUUAUUCUCAGAGAGCGAGAGAGAGAGAGAGAGAGAGAGAGAGAGAGAGAGAGAGGGGGGCCACCAUGGCAGCAACCUCCUCCAUUUGGCAUAAUGGUGACUGGGCUGGCCAGCCUGGUGGGCCAUGAGGGCUGGUUAAUGUCACGUCACAGUAG